UAUGCGUAUAUAUAUAUGUAGAGAGAGAGAGAGAGAGAGAGAGCGUUAUUUGCGUGCAGAAUUAUAGAAAGAGAAAGAUCCUCUAUUCUCCUCUCUUCUCCUCCUAGAAAAGAGGACAAACUUGGGCAUCUUCUUCUCUGCCAAACUACAUCCAAAUUAUUUUCAAAGCACAGAAGAGCUUCUCAAUAAUCUCUUUUCCUCAGACUUUGGAAGCCCCACAUGGGUUUGGAGGACCAUCUCUAAUUAUUAAAGCCAAGGGAAAAAAGGACGUGUUCUUGGGUCAGCCGGUGGUGGCGAUACGUGUCUAGCACUGCUCGGGCUGUCAAUCAACGUGUUGAUUUUGACAGCCCGAUUUUAUUGGAAACAUUUCCCCAAACCCUGGACCAGGUGGUUCUGGGAUUGCUGGGUCAUUAUAAUACUUGUUGAAUUCAAAUUUGCAGUUUUUUCGGGAUUUCUAUUUUUUGGCGAGUUGGUAAUUGUUGUGUAUGAGCGUUUCUUUGGCUCUGGUAUGAGAAAUUGUGAAGUUUGUGCACAAUCAUGGGUUCCUUGUCGGGAAUCCUUCAACGACCUGUAAUUGCGGCUGCUGCUGUUGCCAUAGCUUCUGUUUCUGCUGAUAUUCAUGAUAAAUUGCGGCUUCCCAAAUCAUUAGAUUCUAGUUCCUCCUCAGGAAAAUCCCAUUCUUUUAUUUCUGAUUCAUUAGAAGAAAUAAAGUCAUCAUGUGUCUCUAACAUAUCAGUUUCCAAGCUUGCAAACUUGUCAUUUAUAACCAGAAUACCAGUACCUGUUCCUAACAUAGCACAACCAAUUCCCAAUUCUGAUCGUAGCUUUGUUCCAAAAUUUUUGGGUUCUCUUGUUGCUUCUACUCCUGCUCUGCUCAACUCGUAUCAGUCUGCAGAAUUGGCCAAAUCUGCAAAACCAACUGCAUAUACACAUUCUGUUCCCACCUCUAGCUCAUCAUCAGAGGUUCUGUACAGAUGGCAUCUACCGGAGCCUAAGGCCGUUGAUAUAUCAGGUAAUGCUGAUUGUUCAUCAGCGAAGUCCAGGACGGUAGUCAUUUUACUUGGAUGGUUAGGUGCAAAGCAAAAGCAUCUAAACAGAUAUGCAGAGUGGUAUACCUCAAGAGGGUUUCAUGCCAUUACAUUUACUUUUCCUAUGGCUGAGAUUCUCAGUUACCAGGUUGGUGGAAAAGCUGAACAACACAUAGACUCUCUUGUUAACCAUCUUGCCGAUUGGAUGGAGGAGGAGUAUGGAAAGAAUCUAGUUUUUCACACUUUUAGCAACACGGGAUGGUUAACAUAUGGAGUUAUUCUUGAAAAGUUUCAGAAACAGGAUCCUUCUCUAAUGGGAAGAAUUAAGGGAUGUAUUGUGGAUUCUGCUCCUGUUGCAGCCCCUGAUCCACAGGUUUGGGCUUCAGGUUUCUCUGCUGCUUUCUUAAAAAAGAAUAGUGUGGCAACAAAAGGAGUCAGAAGCUCAGAUGAACCAGGUGUGAAUUUGUCAAUUGGUGCAACAACAGUUGCAGAAGCUAAACCUGCAGUGACUGAAGCAGCUUUGCUAUUAGUGUUGGAGAAGUUCUUUGAGGUGGUUUUGAAUCUUCCUAAAAUAAAUAGGAGACUCUCUGAGGUAUUGGGCUUGUUGACAUUGAGGCAACCAAGCUGUCCGCAGUUAUAUAUUUACAGUUCUGCAGACAGAGUGAUUCCUGCAGGAUCUGUGGAGUCUUUUAUAGAAGAGCAGCGGAGGACUGGGCAUGAGGUCAGGGCUUGCAACUUUGUUUCCACACCCCAUGUCGAUCAUUUCAGAAAUGACCCAAAAUUAUAUUCAACUCAGCUCACCCAAUUUUUCAAUGACUGUGUGCUUGCUUCUUGCGAACAUUCUUCCUAAAUAGAUUGCAGAUCAGCUCGUUGAUUCUUCUUUUGGCCUAUAGGUUUAAUACAUAUACAAAUGAUAUUUAAUUCAUUUUGUAGAGGUUGUGAAUGCAACAGAGGAAGAAUAAUUGCCUCUUUUUCUAUUUUUAGUUUUUUUUCCCCUUAUUUAUUCCUUUUUGGAUACUCAUGUUGUUCACUAGUCAUAAAAUUGAUCAAAUACAUAAACGAGUCAUCAAAUUUGCAGUCUUUGGUAUUAUGUUGUUAUUAGAAGUAUGGAUUGGUGUGUGUUGGAUUGAUUUC